UUUAUGGGCGAAUAAAGCGCUUGAUUGCAUACCAAAUUUUCAAACCGUGCAGUUGGAUUAAAAUCAGCAUUUCAUGGUUAGAAUGAAUAACUCCGUGAAAUAACUCACUCCUCCGGACCGAAGGAUUUCAAGUGAUAAUCCCAGUGUAGCUUCUCCUCUUGUGGAGUGAAGAUGUGUCGGAGUGUUUGUGUGCCAAGGGCUCUGCUCACUCUCCUGGUGCUCACACUUGUGGUGCCUCUGGGCCAGGCCUGCCCCAGGAGCUGUAACUGCUACCAGGCCAGUGAAGUCCACUGUACUUUCCGUUCCCUGCUUGCCAUUCCUUCUGGCCUGCCUGCACACACACGCCGCAUAAACUUAGGGUUCAACAGCAUCAGCAGGAUCCAUGACACUUCUCUGGCUGGUCUAAAGAAAGUGGAGCUUCUGAUGCUCCACAGCAAUGACAUCCACCAUCUUCCAGACUCAGUGUUCAAAGAUUUGAAAUCAUUACAGAUACUAAAGCUGAGCUAUAACAAGCUGAGAGAGAUCUCUUCAUCUCUGACCUUCUCUGGCCUGACCUCACUCCUGCGCCUGUACUUGGAUCACAACCACCUCCAGCACAUCCACCCCCGGGCCCUGCUCCAGCUGCCUAGCCUCAGGCUGCUACGUCUGCAAGGGAACAGGCUGCAUCAGCUGCACCCACACACUAUGUGCACACUGUCUCUGCUGAAUACAUAUUACUUCUCUACUCUCAGACACCUCGACUUAUCCAACAACAGCCUGACCACUCUGCCCAGCGAGACUAUAACCACAGCACCUCUGCUGGAGACUCUUGUAUUGCAGGACAAUCCAUGGAGCUGUGAUUGCAAAAUGAAUUGGUUCAUCAGGUGGAGUCUGGCACAUCCAGGGUUGAUGAAAUGUCCUGGUGGGCCUCAGUGUCCAAUCUGCGCAUUGCCACAAUCCCUUCAGGGGAAGGGGUUGUUUGAUCAGAUUGAGCUAUCAUGCAACUUGCCUGCUAUCCCCUCUCAUGGAAGAGACCCACCUUUGGAGACAGAACUCAGUGAGAUCCAGUCAAGAGAAUCCUUUAGAGAGCCUUUAGGCACUGCCUCUUUGAGUCUGUCUGACCAACAAGGGAACAGUGUUGAUUUGAGUUGCAACAUCACUCACUCCUCCGAUUCCCAGGAUAUUGCCCCUCCUCCAGAUCUCUCCCUCUCUUCCUCUUCCCCUCUCCCCCUUGCUUUGUCACUCUCUCUGGAUUGCCCUGUGGAGAGACAGAGCUACGAGCAACUCUGGAGGAUCCUAGCUUACUAUAGUGAAACAGCCGUUCGCCUGGAGAGGGAGAUCAUGCUGGGUAAAGCCCCUGAAUUGGCCUUCCGCUACAGGCAGACAGCAGAGACAGAUGGAUAUUAUCACACUGGGGUCAAAGCCUCUGUUAAGGCAAGGCCACAAUGGCUGCUACAGCCAGCUAUUAGCAUUCAGCUUAACAGAGCGCAGUCGAAUGGAAUCAAAGUUCAACUCAUUUACUCAACAAGAGUUGCCUCUCAUCCUGACCCUAUUUCACAUUCUCCAACAUCCUCUGCUGCUUUUCAUCCAUGGUCUCUGAUUUCCACCAAUCAUACCACUACAGCACUGGUGACAGUAGCAGGCAGUAAAGUGGAACUACCAUGCCCUUCUCUAAGUUCUGGUAACCCCAAGGUGGAGUGGACUCUACCUGAUGGAAAUAAGCUGAAUGCCCCAUCCAACAACCUAGAUGGUAGGCUCCUGGCAUCAACUUCAAGUCUGCUCAUUCAAAAAGUACAGAUGUCAGAUGCUGGGAUCUACUACUGCAUAACACGAGCAGGCAGGGAUGUAGAUGUUCUCCCCCUGCGCCUGGCAGUUGAAGACUCUGCGGUUCCAGCUUCAGGAGAGCAAGUGGGACCAUCUAUCAAGGGAGCUGUUGGAGAGCCUGUAAGUCUGACUUGCAAGGCUUCUGGUUCGCCUGCACCUUAUUUAAGUUGGGUAUUACCAGAUGGAAACAUAGUUCGGCGUGGAUUAGCUGUAUCAGGUGGAGUCAUACUGCAAUCAAAUGGGAGUCUCUCUCUGCCUAACCCCUCCCAGAGGGAUGCUGGGCAUUACCGCUGCAUUGCAGUCAACCAGUAUGGUAGUGACUCUCUAUCCACGCAGCUGGAAUUAAAGCCAAGACAUCCCCCUUUGCUUAGGGGUUCAUUCCCAAGAGGGCCGCAAUCAGCUGCUGGCCGGUCAACCAGGAUACGAGCUCCAUUAAUGCGUCAAGUAGAAGAAGGAUCAGGGAAUGAAGAGGAUGAAGAAGAGAGAACUGUUUUUGGUAAUAGGAGGCGUCCAAGGCCUGGUCAACCUCCACCAAACAGAAGAGGACAUGGACAACAAAGAGGACUUGGAUUUACGAGAGAAGGUCCGCCGAGAAGAGAAGGAAUGCCUGAAUCGUCCACUGACAAGAGGAGAAACCGCUUUGAAAACAGACAUAGAGUUACUAUGAACAAACAAAGAAUAGAUCCCCAGAAAUGGGCUGACAUCUUGGCUAAGAUUAGACAAAAGACUGCUCCAACUGCUAAUAACACCGAGCCCAUCACAGAAGAAACAACUGAAGAGGAGGACAGAAGCAGGGGUGGAAAUACAGGCAGACAAGCGGGUGAUGAUGAUACAGAUAAAGGCAGAGCUGGGGGUUCAGAAGUGGAAGCAGAAACCGAAGGGUCGACUGUUGAUGACGAUGAUCUAAAACAGGAAGGCUCACAAUCUAUUCCUGCUGUUCUUACAGAAAUGCCAGCACAUACUGGGACAAAAACAGACACGGAAACAGACACAGAGAUAAAAACAGAGGCAGAUAGGUCAAAGGAAACACAGACUGAUACUGAGAAUGAAACAGAGACACAAAUACACACAGAGAAAACAGCUCUGCCAACAGAGACAGUGACAUACCCGGAGACAAGGCACAAGGAGCAAGUCACAUCUAAGCCAACCCCAGGAACAAAUGAAAUUGUCCCACAGACAAGUGAGGGAAAUGAGCAAGGAGCUAACCCAAACCUUCCUACAGUCGGGCCUCAGAAACCCCGGCAGAGUCUCUUCCCUAAUUUAGUUCCAAACUCCCGGCCUCAAAGCCCUUGGAACUCUCGCAGGAGGAUCGGACAGCGAAGACGAAUCAUCAACAGGCCAAGGGGGCGUCCUUUGAGUCCAUCUCAGCCUCUCCCUGACCCCACUUACCCAAGGCCUGAAACUGACACGACCACAGGUCAAAUUGAUAUGUUGCUGGUGUCAACAACCACAUCUCCUGCUGCUUUAAUUAAUUCUCCAUCUCCCUCUGUUUUGAACACUCUUGGUAUCUCCAUUCCAAAAACUGCCUCCCCCUCAGUGACUCCCUUUUCUUUUUCUCCCACCUCAUUAUCCCCCUCUCACACAAUGGCACAUAUAGACGAGAUGACUCUCUCAGCCAGCAUCUCAGACAUUGCAGAGACCAAUCUCCUGAGCACACUGACACCAGCGCCCACUCACUCUGACACUCCAUUCGAAGAGACACAUGUGCUAGACACGCACGCUGAUACACAUACACACAAUACAUUGGGUAAACAUGUGGAUAGACCACCAGGCAAACACAGAGAAGAGCCAGAGUGGAAUUCAUCGGAUGUAACAUAUGUUUCCCAGCCCUUGGCCUCUGAGUCUCCCACUAUUGCUUCUAUUACAGUCCCCAGUGCAGUGAAGACUACCAUCACCACUGUAAAAAUAACAACAACUCCUUCCACUUAUCCUUCUGCUAGUUCUGCUGGAAGUAUUGAAAGUACAUCUACCGAAAGAGAUAUGGAGGAAACACUUCCCAUAACAGCUCCAAUUACCCCUUUGACUCCACGUCCUAUCACAUCUGCUAAAACUGCCAUUAUCAUUCCAACAUCUAGCACUACCAGCAGUACUUUUACCUCUACUACUACUACAACAACCCCAAUCUCAACAUCCACUACUCCCACUAUCACCACUACUUCUACUACUUCUUCAACCAGAGCAUCCACUACUGUUACUACAACUACCACUAAAGCCACUACUACCACACUCCCAACAACUCCAAACCCUACUACUACUACUACUACUACAACUACUACUCCUACUACAAGUACUACAAUGGCACCAUCACCCAAAACCUCUCCAACCACAACACAAUCAACUACAUCUAGUACUCAAUCUUCUACUACUACUACUACAAAAACAACAACAUCAACACAUGUUGCAGUGUCACCUGAAGAGCGGCCCAGUGUUGGCCAAUUUGACCCAAGAGGGAAACCUGCUUCUGGGGCUCCAAACCAGAGUCGACCCCCCACUGUAUGGAAGAACCCUGGAGCUAAUUCUAUUCCUGAUUCACACAGCAGCAGGCCACACCAGCCCCCCUCCUCUUCACUCCCUGGGGCUCCAGUUGUGAGAUCCAGACCAAGGAUUGCAGACCCACAUAUCAGGACAGUGUCGUUCCCAGCAGAGAGUACUGCCAGGCUGAAUUGUGAAGCUCAAGGAGAACCAAAGCCCUCUAUCACAUGGACCAAAGUCGCCACAGGAGCAGUGAUGUCAAUCCACUCCAGGGCUCAGCGAUUUGAGGUCUUGCCAAAUGGCACCCUUGUUAUCCAGAAUGUUCAGCUGCAAGACAGGGGCACAUACAUCUGCAGUGCACACAGCUUUCUGGGUCGUGACAGAUUGCUAACCACCCUGGAGGUAUGGACCCGCCCCCCUCGCAUGCAGCUGCCCAGUUACAGAGAAGCCACCAUUCAUCAGGGUGGAGAGGUGCACUUGGAGUGCCAGGCGGAUGGUGUUCCCACACCUCUGCUCUCAUGGGUUCUACCUGAUCGUUCUGUCCUGACCUCUGCCUCGCCCUCCACCAGUCGCAUCAUAAUGGACACAAACGGAACCCUUCAUAUCUCUGUAACAUUACCCAGCGACAGAGGUGUAUAUCGCUGUGUGGCCUCUAACUCAGCUGGGGCUGCCAGCGCCUCUGUGCGUGUCCACGUGUCCUCGUUGCCCCCAGUGAUACAGCAACCUAGAGAUGAAAUACUACUCUUGACUCCAGGGAGGCCGGUUUAUGCUCACUGCUCUGCCCGUGGUGCCCCACCACCAACUCUGCGCUGGAGAAUCCCAGAUGGGACUCUAGUUCGGCCAUCACAGUUUCUUCAUGGAAAUCUUUUUGUCUUGCCCAAUGGAACACUGCAUAUUCGAAAAGUUGGGCCUAAAGAAUCAGGGAAUUACGAGUGCACUGCGAGUAAUGCUGUGGGAGCUGAUAAGAGAACAGUGAGGGUAGAAAUUGUAGGAGAGGGGCAACAGGGUAGAGCAAGAAAUGAAGAGGCACAAGCGACUGAAAAACCAUCUUCUUCCUCUUCUUUUUUCCAUGAAGAAAGAAAAUUGCCGAUCCCCGGCCAGCCUUCAAAUCCAUCCAGACUCUCCCCUCCACUGCUCUUUGAUAGAUCCAGGAACUUCCACCACUCCCCCGGCUCCCCUCGCUCAUCUUUUCACCCUCACCAACUCAAUCCCACUAACUCAACUCCCAAAAUCAAUAAAACAGUCACUGCCUCCCCCACACGCUUGGCCUACAUCAACAAAACACCCUCCACAGUGUCUACAAAUAACACCAGAGUCUCAAUCGACAUUGUAAACAACACAAGAGUUACUUCUCCCUCCUCUGAAAAAAGCAGAGCCUCAGCUGUUUUGCCUCCCUCACCCGUAUCCCCUUUCAGUAAAGUCCGUAUUGUUUCUACAUCACCCUCAAUCAGCACUGUUCACUAUGGGGGGAUUUUGCUGCUCCACUGUUCUGUAACAGGAAACCCAACACCCAUCAUCAUUUGGAGGACUCCUAAUAGGAAACUAGUGGACAUGCACUUCAGUUAUGACCGACGUCUGAAGGUGCAUCCCAAUGGCACCCUGUCAGUUCAGGAAGUCACAGAGAAGGAUGCUGGUGACUACCUCUGUAUUGCACGCAACAAGGUUUCAGAUGAUUAUCGCCUUCUGCGUGUUUCUGUGGCAACCAAGCCGGCUAAAAUAGAACCCAAGCAGCCUCUCAAUCACAUGGUACUAUUUGGAAAACCACUGAAGGUGGACUGCCUGGCAUCAGGGCUGCCUGACCCAGCAGUCCGUUGGAGCUUACCAGAUGGAACCAUGGUGAACAGUGUGUUGCAAGGUGAAGAAAGAGGAAGACGCACACGGAGGCUAACUGUUUUUGACAAUGGGACAUUGCUGGUUCCAGAAGUGGGUAUGAGAGAGGAAGGAGAGUAUACGUGUUAUGCUGAGAAUCAAGGAGGUAAAGACACCAUGAAGGUCAAAGUGAAGAUCAUGAUGACAUCUCCACCAACCCUCACUGAUGGCAGAAGCUACCAUGUCAUCAAAGUACAUCAGGGAGCGACUGCUACCAUUCCCUGCCACACUACAGGGGAUCCUACUCCGACAGUGACGUGGUUCUCCCCAACACGCCGUGUUAUCCCCCUAAGUUUGGGAUCUGGAUUUUACUCUGAGCGGGUGGUUGUGGUUUCGGGUGGAACCCUGGAAGUGCGACUCGCUCAGAAGAUUGACACAGGAAACUACACAUGCCGAGCAAGCAACUCAGCAGGGGAAAAGAGCAUGGUUGUAAGCCUGGAGGUGGAAUCUUCUAACUAUGGAUUGGGUGGCCAUGUUGGAGGAAGAGGUUUUGGUACUAGCGACAGGCCAGGCAGUAGAUUGGGGGACAGUAUUAACAGUGGGGUCACAAACAAGCUUGGUGGCAAAAACAGCAACAAUAAUGCUCAUAGUGAUAGUAAUAGCAGGUUAGGAAACACUGUAUCAAACACUGGCAUUAGCGGUGCAUCCGGUGGCUUAAAUCCUCCUCAAAGGAGCAACAGUCAAGAUGCAUUCAACCGGCCUGUUAGUGGUGUAACAACACAACUUGGUAGCAGUGUAAUCACUAUUGGGGUGAGCAGUGCUAGCAAUGUAGGCUUUAAAGCAGAUAACACUGGAAUCAAUAGAAACGGACCAAGCGUCAUGAGUGGCAGUUAUAGUGUGCGAAACAGUCACAACACAGUUAGAGGAAAUAAUGUUGAUAGGACUCCUGAGACUUACAAUAAUGAAGUCAUUGCAGGUAAGAGUAGCAUUGGUGCCAACACUGGUAGUGGUAAUCCAAGAAAUGUUUUCAGCAGCAGUGUGUCCAACCACAGAGUUGGUUCACCCAGAGAGAGUGGUGGUAGCACUUCAGGAAUGAUUAAUGCUAACAGCAGGAUAAAUGCUGGUUCAAGUACUAGUGUAGCUGCUAGUAAUAUAGGUUCUAAAAACUCUACCAACACACACGUGGGUGUGGCAACAACAGUGAAGCAGCAAGUAGUGAAAGGCCAAACUGUUAUCUUGUCAUGCCCGUCCCAAGGUUCCCCUCCUCCUCGGGUCGCCUGGCUUCUGCCCGGUAACGGUGUGUUGCCAUCUCCUUAUUAUGGCAGCCGACUCACCGUGCACCGAAAUGGCUCUUUAGAGCUGCGAGGUUUGCGGGCAAGUGAUAGUGGAACUUUGGUUUGUGUGGUUAGAGGUGAGAGAGGAGAGACAAGGAUACAGGUGGAGCUGGAGGUCACUGAGGCCUCCUCACUUGGGGCACAGAAUGUGGGUAGUCCCCUGCUACGAAGUCCUGAUUUGAAUGAGGUGCCAAAGCCAAGAACCCCAGCUACCCAACAGUCGCUUCAGAGAGGUCCUUCUUUGCCUGUUGUAGCUCGUCCAGCUGUACCUCCACCCAGCUCCACUGGCCCUGCAUCAGAGCCAGCAGUGAGCACCAGAACUGGUCCCUUGGUGAGCAUCAUUAAUGGAGAAACCCUUCGCGUGCCUUGCCCUGCCUCUCAAAACAAUGGCUACACCCAAGUCUCGUUAUCUUGGACCAUGCCCAACGGCAAGGUACUUUCCCGGGGUGAGAGCAGCGACUCAGGGCGGUAUGUAGUCCAAGGGGAUGGAACAUUAACAGUGCAGCAAGCCUCUGUGUUUGACCGCGGCACCUACACCUGCAGAUCUACCAGUAACAACUCCCCCUCGGCUUCAGUCCUCACUGUACCUGUUAUCGUCAUCGCCUACCCCCCUCGCAUUACAACAGGCCCCGCCCCCGUGACCUACACACGACCUGGUGUUGCUGUGGAACUGCCAUGCAUGACCAUAGCAACCCCUAGGGCGACCGUCACUUGGGAGACACCAGACCUUACACAACUGAUGGUCAUGGGUAAGGCCCGUAUCUAUGGCAACCGCUACCUUAGUCCUCAGGGUUCUUUGGUGAUACAGAACCCGACGAGUAGGGAUACAGGCUUUUACAGAUGCACCGCCAAAAAUGUAAUCGGAGUGGACACUAAAGCAACUUACCUGCACGUUAUAUAAUGGGGUCAAGAAACACACACAUGCAAAUGAAUAUGCAGAAAUAGAGACCCCACAAGGCUUCUGUGCUGGUGAUGAACUCCUCUGCUUUUAACGCUGCCCAAAGGAACUGCAAGAAACUGUUAAUUACAGAAGAGACACUUCUAACAUACAAGUAUAUGCCUCAUGUAUGUUUUUUAAUGUAUUACAAUACUGUACUUUUUCCAUGCUAGAUUACCCUGAGGAUACUGUGUUGUGCAUUUUUGUCUUUUGACAUUUGUUUUCUUCAACUGGUGAUAUACCCUUAACAUUUGUUCCUUAUUUUCUCUCUCAUGGGGUUAUAAACACAAGGAAGUUUGAAUGAAAUACACACAUGUAUACGAGUGCUGCACAAUUGCUGUGAGAAUGUCGACUUGUGGACUACUUCCUUUGGGGCAAUGAGGAAAAACAAAAAGUGUAUUUGGCUAGUUUUCAUUCCUUUUAUUUAGAAAAAACAAUACAGCAGGCCUAUAGAAUAAAAUAACAACUAUACCUCCAAAGUCAUCACUUUUUGGGGUGAAAUAACCCUAAAGCUAUGACGUUUUACCUUGAGGGUAGAAUAAUGUAAUUUUGUUUCACAUACUAAUCCUGGGAACAAUAAAAAACAAGGAAAUUGUUCUGGUGCUGUUUGACACAAAAGUGUGUUAUUUUUGUCUAGAUUCCUAUAUUUCUUUACUCUGUGCAAUCACCUGUUAUUACUGAACUACAGCAUUUCUUGACAAAAUGGUAUUUGGGUUCUGAACGUGUGUUUUUCUAAAAUGACUGUUCAGCUUUUAUUUCUGGACAACAUAUUACAAAAAGUGUCUUUCUUUUUGCAAUGCAUAUGCAUCAAACCUUAAUUCAAGCCUUAUCUGCAAUGCACACAUUCAAACUGUCACACAUACGAUGAUUGAAGGCUGUAGCUCUCUGAUCCACCUUAACACCAGCUUAUUCAAGACUUUCUCAAACUUGUUUACAUUUUUCCUGGCUUACUUGUGCGAUCUAAACCUUGAGAAAUAUUGUUCUACCAGCAUCGAAUGUAUCUCACAGCUUUACAGCAUCACUGGGGCAGCAUGAGAUAUGGUAAAGACGCUUUCAUGUAAGCACAAUAACCAAUUCUUUGAAGAGUGCUCUCUGUGGUUAUUUUGUUAUUAUAGACUGUAUAAAUGCGCGUGAAAUUCAAAAGCCUUUCCUAAGCUUGUGCACAAAGCCAGCAGCUUAUAGCUAUCAUGUUUCCUCCUCUUGUGUUUUUAUUUGUGCUUAAGUUAUUUGUCUUGUAAAGACUGUUGUAAAACGCCUGUAUUUUGUCAUAAAGGGAGAAUUUAUUAAAUAUUAUUAUGUACUGUAUGUUCAUGUCUCACUC